AUGACGACGGAUAAGACGGCGGAGCACGAGCGGAUGCUUGCAGCCAUGGAGGAGGAGGAGGGGGACGGGCUGCCGGAGCUGCCGAGGAUCCACUCGUCGGCGCUGUCGUUCCGCGGGCCGAAGCUGAUGGGCCCGCGGUCGGGCACGCGCUCACAGUUUGGCCUGCAAUCCGAGUCCCACAAACGCUCGUCUCCUCAAGUGGGGUUCGGCAGCGCGCCGCGGUUCGACUCCAAGCAGAAGCGCUUCAUCUCGAAGGGGCACUCGCACGCCCUCCUGCCCGUCUGGACCCCUGGCCCGGGCACAUACAAGCGCGAGGGCGCGCUGGGGAAGCAGGCGUACUCGGAACGCAUCAGCAAGGGGGAGUUCUCCUUCUGCUCCGACAACAGGUUCGGGCCGUCCGUGCGCGAGCGCCAGGUGGCUGGGAAGGUGCCCGGCCCCGGCGCGUACCCACACCCCACGUCGCUGGGCGACCAGACGCUGUCCGUGAAGGCCUCCGCGGGGCGCGUGGGCUUUCCGACGUCGCAGCGCAGCAACCAGGUCUGCUACAAGGGCCAGGAGGAGCAGUUCUAUGCGCGUGGCACGCCUGGUCCGGGCACCUAUGUCCCUGACCGUGCUUUGGGCGAGCAGACGCUCGCGGGGCGCACGAGCGCGGCGACCGUGUCGUUCUCGCGCGAAGAGCGGGCGAUGAACAAGGGCGGGAGCCGCGCGAAGGCCAAGGCGAUGGACGUCCCGGGCCCUGGGGACUACUUCAAGCUGGAGCCGAUCGGGACGAACAAGCCGGCGUUCUCCUUCUCGAAGGCGGCGCGCGGGAGCCGGCCAGGGAGCCUGGCGGCCGCGAAGGCGGAGAUGGAGGCCGGGCAGGGGGCGACGAAGCUGAAAGUGCCGGAGUCGCUGGGGUCGCAGCUGCGGUCGGACAAGCGCACGUACCCUCAAUUCAGGUUCUCGCAACAACAGCGCUUCAAGGCCGCGGGGACGACGGACGAAACCACGCCCGGGCCCGGCUCGUACUGGGUGUGA